CAAGUGGUUAUCCGAAAAGUUAUCAGAUAAAAUGUUAUUACGUAAGCAACGAAGGUCGUUCAUUAUUGUUGAGUACACAUACCUAAAACAAUGUGAUACAAGCUACCAGAAAUAAUAAAUAUGGAAAUACGAGACUUAAAACAAGCUGAAGAACUGCUUGUGAAAUCAACACACGAAAACAUUUUUGACUACAUUGAUGAAGAAAUAGUUUCGUGGGAUUUACCCAACCAUGGGGAUUAUCCAGAUCUGGUACCAAAAAUAACUGACUUGGUUUACAAAUUAUACACAGAAAUAUUCCCGGAACAAAACAAUCCCAGGAACUUUGCGGCCUUCCAGUGGAUUAUUUUUGAUAAAAUCCACGAUUUGGUCGUGCCAUGCAUUAAAGCGAAUUUGUUCCGAGAAGAUGAAAAUUUCUUCGAACGGUGCUCAUUUUUGUGCAAAAUUAACGUCUCGGCAAGGGAAUUUGGCGCUGAUGAUAAUUAUAGUAUCCCGUUAUGUGCUGCCGUUGUGGAAUUGUCGGUUAUAGACAAAUAUAAAAGUCCCAACGAGAAAAUGAACUGUUUGUGCAGUACGUACGAUUUAGUAUUUGCGGAAAUAAAGACAGCGAUGGUUUCAGUAAUUUCAGAAAGGUCAGAUAAGGAAAUUGAAAUUCCCAUUAUUGACAACAAGGACAUAAUGCCUGUGCUUAUGGUGGUAAUUCUUAGGUCGAAAUUACGCUACAUGUUGAGCAAUUUAUUUUAUAUUAAAACUUUUUAUUUAAAGAUAGAAGAAAAUCGAGAAAUUUUUGAUAUAUUUAAAUCGUUUGAAACUGCUGUUGAUAGAUUAAUGCAGUUGGAUGUUGAUAUUAUGAAGCCUAUGAAAGGACUUUUUCAAAACAGUUUAGAUUUGGAGGAAUACAUGAAAAUUACGUCCAGCCCUGGAGAAGAAAAAAUAGAAAAGGCAACUUUAAUCGAUGAAGCAAAUCAACGAGUUUUGAAUUUAAUAACACGGUCUACAGGCGAAGAUCAACUUUUUUAAUGAAAUAAAACGAACGAUAUUGUUUAAUUGUGAUGUUAGAAAAAUAAACUAAUUGAUACAUAAGAA